AUGGGAUGUGGCCUCCAGCCCCCCCAGCGCCCCGAGUUUUUCUUCCCAAGAGGGCCGGGGAGAGGAGCUGCUCCAAGUUUGCUCCGGCGGCGGCGGCGGUGGCGGCGGCGGCGGGGGACUUACUUUGGGGGCGCGGGCUGGGCGCUGCAGGCCGCGGUGUCAGCGGCAGCGGCGGCGGCUCCGGCGGCGGCGGCUCGGGCGGGCGCUCCCUGGCGCUCCGGCUCCGCGGGGCCCCGGCGCGGCUCCUGGCUCCCCUCUGGCUCCUUGGCACUAACUCCGGGCAGUCACAUGACGCCGGCGCCGCUCGCGCUCUGCGAAGCCUCCCGGGGCUGGCGGGAGCACUACCAUUCUGCACCCAGGAAGUUUUCUACUGGGCAGGAGAAGUGAAGCAAAGAGUUACAAAGGCAGGGAAGUGUCGUCAU